AUGAUUCCCUGCCCCCGAGCAUCCCGUCUCACCUCAUUCUUCUCCCUCUUAACGCUGUGCUUCAUUCCACUCAUCAUGGUCUCAUUAGGUGGCAUCUGCCUCCUUUUCAUACUAUUAGCAACACCGGCAUUAACGCGCGAUAUACCAAGCAAUCUACAAGACUUUUAUGCAUUCGUCCGCGGGCGGAAUAAGUGCCAUCAUGUGCUAGCAAGCGGGUUUCACAGCAGCGAGGGCGACAGCGGAGGUUUUGGUUACUGCGGAGAUUACCUGGAUGAUUACAAGAUCAUCUACCUCCAAGGGAAGAAUGGCGAGCUCGCCAAUAUGGAUGUUGACUGCGAUGGCGAGCAAGCCGGAGGCGACGGACGCUGCGGCAGCUCCACCGACACUCAGUCUGAGACGACGUUCCACGACGAGCUGAGAGGGUAUGGAACAGGACGACGAGAUCUCAACGCCUCGGUACACACCUAUGUCGUAUUCGGUAAUGAAGGAACCAAGAGCGGCUGGCCUACUUUUGAUCCAGCAAAGCAUGGCGUAAAACCACUGAGCGUAAUGGCCGUCAUAUGCAAUAACAAAUUGCUGUAUGGGGUCUGGGGAGAUACAAACGGCGAUGACGGGCCUCAAGCCAUGGUUGGUGAAGCUUCCAUAUCUCUUGCUACCGCUUGCUACGGCAACAGUGUCAAUGGUAACUCGGGGCAUGAUGACAACGAUGUGUUGUAUAUUGCUUUCACAGGAAAUGAUGCGGUUCCUGGAGCCAGCGGGGCGAAUUGGACCGCCUCAAAUUAUGAGGAUUUUCAAAGCAGCAUCACAAAUAUUGGCAAUCGGCUCAUUGAGCGAGUUGGUAGCGAUGGGAAUGGCAGGCCCUUGAGUGAUCAAUUGCUCCUUGGUUUUGCGGCCAUCCUGGGGAUCAUCUUACUACUAUUUUAA